AAGCAGCUCUUGUGCGUUGAGGGUUGUUCUCUAUGCCAGAACCAAGUCCUUCCAGUGGCGGUGGUGGUCCUGGUAGUGGUGGAGAAACUCACUUUUUCGUUCGGGGUUUUCAGCCCCAGUUGCAAACCUACAAAUUGGAGUGCAGAAGGGAAAGCUGCUUUCACUCUUUGGACGGUGCUGAACUCCGCAAGAAUUAGUGCAAGCCAGUUAUCAGAGCUUGGGUCUAACCAAAAACACGUGUAAAUCAGAGGGCUUAGUACAAAACACCCUCAAUCCAACGUUCUCCUCCUCUUUUUCCUCCAGUGAAAGCUGGGGUUGUAAACUGCAAAAUUGAGACAUUCUCACUCCAAACAUUGAGUUAUUAUCAAGAUUGUUCACUCCAUGUGUGGGAGUAGUAGUGAGCGGAAGAAUAGGAAGAAGCCUUCGCAAGUUCUCUCAAUCAUCAGUAAAAAUCAUCCUUAUUAUUGCGAACAAUCAAAAAGAAACGUCGUCAUUCUCAUCCAACCGGCCCACGUUUUACUGAUUCACAAAGACUGAAUUGAAAGAAGACGAAAUUAAGAAUCCAGUGGCGGCUAAUUUAUUAUUAAGCUUUUUGAGGCCAGCUUUUCGUUGACUGAUGGAAGUCUCACGACCAGUCGCACGGUGACUGCCCCACAAGUUCAUAAAUAUAAAUUGACAUCACAAGGGAAACUGUUUCCUAACAAUAACUCCCAGUUGUAGCUGGGACGACAUUUAUGGUCAAUCCUGACAACCCACGACAAGGAGAAGGUUCAUUCCAAUGAAAUUCUUUUCCACGAAUUGAGAGGACAUUAUUGAGGAGAGAAAGCAGGAAGGGCUAGCAACCAACCAACCAACCAACUAUCCGUCUCACUUUUACCCCUUCGUCGUCGUCCCGACUCUUUCAUCUAAUAAAGCAGACUGUCGUUAGUUUUGGGUUGGUGGAUGCCAGUUAGUCGGGUCUGGCUGGGAUAUUCCAAUGUAAUGCUGAGUGUCCGAAGCACCAACGAUGCAAGAAGAUUGACAAAAGAUCAGAAUAGAAUUUGAAUGAAACAAAGAGCGGAAAUUGUUGGAGUUGGAGAAAAGAUCGCCUCAGGAGGAAGGGUUGUUGUUGUUGGAGUGGAGGACACGACGACCUGAGUGGUAGUGCAGCAGUAAUUUGGCUCAAAAAUUGAAUAAAACUCAUAAAGUGACAUAAGGUGGGCUCCCUUCCUUCCUCUCACAACUUGGAAGUUAACCUCCCUCGCUGAUGAACCCGACUUCUUCCUUGGUGUAUAAAACUAUACCAUAAAAUCAUAAAGCUUCUGAGAUAAAGUCUUCUUUUGUUUGGAAAAAUCCGUUGUGGGUGGGUGGAGAUUUUAAGCUGUUUCUCCUGUUUUGUUUUGUUGUCAUCCUGGAACAAAACUGCAUUUGUUUCCUCUCCUCCUUUCUCAAGAAGUCAGAGUGGAUCGACUUGUUUCGCUACUUUACGCUAUAAAAGCAUCCCUCUCAUCAUCAGGAAAUAAAAGUAUUUGAUUCUGUGCCAAUGUAAACUGUAUCACGAAAAUUCUUAGAUAGGCAACGCAACCAGGGAAGAUAACAUGAAUCAGAUUUUGCUCAGAUUGUUGCAAAAAUUAAACAUUCGCAAAUAGAGAAAUCAAUUUCUCCCCAUAGUUUUAAUGUUAUUUGACUGAGUAAGAAAACCAAAAACUUUGUGUUAUUCAUAAUCACCAUCUCCUUUAAUUUCGCCCCUAAUAAUACCCACUUAAAAUAAGUACAUAACUUAAGUACUUAACUUAAUGAAACUAGAUAUUUACUCGUAUUGCGAAAAACAUUAACAUGAAUUACAUCCGCCACCGGAAGUAACUUUUAAAAAACAGCCAAAGAUACCUAAGUACGAACUAGUUCGAAGACAUUCUCCUGUGAAAUGGGGCGAUGCGAGGGCAAUAAGUUUUUUGUGAUGAUGAUGCGACGAGGGGUCUCCAUUGUCAAAACUUACUUUCUCCUACUUCUCCUCCUGCAAACAAAUAAAGGUUCCAUCGCCGUGAGUUGGGAGGACUGGUGGACGUAUGACGGCAUUUCAGGGCCGGCGUUUUGGGGACUAAUCAAUCCAGAUUGGGCACUAUGCAGCAAAGGACAUCGCCAAUCCCCGGUGGAUCUUCAGCCAAAAGAGUUACUUUUCGACCCCAACCUAAGGACAAUUCAUAUCGAUAAAGAAAGGGUGAAUGGGUUCAUGACGAACACAGCACACAGUGUCAUAUUUUACACGGGACCUUACUACGACGAGGGGUCUGAGCCAGACGGGGGUGGGAGUCGUGGGGAGGAUGCUUUUAUGUCCGCAAAUAUGGGCGGAGCAGGGUCGCAGUCCAACUCAAGUCCCCGAGUGCUGGUGAAUAUCACGGGUGGUCCACUCUCCUAUCGAUAUCAAUUCCACGAGAUCCACAUUCAUUAUGGGAUGCGUGAUGAAAUCGGAUCUGAACACACAAUUCAAGGAUACUCGUUUCCGGCCGAGCUCCAAAUGUAUGGAUUCAAUGCCCAGCUCUACAGCAACUUUAGUGAAGCUGUAUCUCGCUCUCAGGGAAUUGUUGCCAUCUCCGUACUUCUCCAGCUUGGGGACCUGUCCAAUCCUGAAUUGCGAAUCCUGACUGAUCAACUAAACAAUAUUAAAUACAACGGACAAAGUGCUUCAGUUCAACGACUAUCGCUUCAAGCUUUACUGCCCAACACGGAUCACUACAUGACUUACGAGGGCUCCACAACAAUGCCAGCUUGUCAAGAGACGGUGACUUGGGUGGUGAUGAACAAGCCAAUUUAUAUAACCAAACAACAACUCCAUGCUCUCAGGAAACUUAUGCAAGGCGAUGAAGAGUAUCAAAAGGCGCCCUUGGGUAGCAACUUCCGCCCACCACAAUCCUUGCACAAUCGCGUCGUGAGAACCAACAUUGACUUUGCGACGAAUGCUGACUGCCGGGCAAGUAUGCGUAAAGAAAUGCACUACAAAGCAAACAAUUGGAAGAACCAGUAAUGAACAAUCAACACGCCGUGCAAGCGACUAUCUCGCUAUACGCUUCCCUGCCGUUUGUAUGUAAUCAUUGAAGAAUAAGAAGACGUACAUAUCAUUUCAACCAACGCCAAUCCAAAAUGAGACAUAAUAUGCAAAUUCCACUCGCAUCCAGCAGCACACCUACUUGAGAAAGUUCUUAAGCCAAUCAGCAAUGUGAUGAAGUGUAAUAAACCAACUAUUGUGUCAAGCAACUUACUCGUACAUACAUUAGAAUCUAUAAAUUCAGGAUUAGCAUGUCGACAUACGUGGUAAAAUAAAAAGUAUAAAAAGAGGAGACGCCGUGGAAUUGACGACAAAUCCUUGUUCAUUCCUCCCAUACAAAAAAUUAAUCCAAAACAAGAAGAAAACGUUCGUAACUUUUGUACUCACAAAGAGUGGUAAGUUAGACGGAGAUAAGUCAGCAUUACGAUUAAUGAACAAUCUAUAUUACGUGUGAGAUGAUUUCUAAAAACAUGAAAACCUACCAUCACAUCCAAAACUAAAACUAAAGUAUAACCCUAAAAUAAAAGUGCUCCAAUUGUAAGUGCAAAACCGACCCAUGGAAAUUUGCAGAGGCAUCUAAAAUAUUUUUAAAUUGCAACAACCCCCAAAGAAUAACCCGUACUAAUCCUGCAAAAAAAUAAGAAUCUGUAAUCUGUGCUAUCAUCCUAAAUAUGUACAUGUGGCAAUCAUGAAGUGAGUAAAAAUCCCCCCAAAAUGCAGCUAGUCCAUUCCAUCAGGCAUAAAAAGUAAAACUUGCCAAGGCAGAAAGUAUGUAAUGAAAGAAACAUAAAAAUGGGAGAGAAGCGAUUAAUGAAAGAAGGAAGAAAUCUGCAUCAACGUCACGAGGCAAUUGUGUAUUGCUAAAAAAAUAAGUCUCUUGAUAGCUACAAAUGUAUGAAUCAACGGCAAAUUAGCGUGUAUGAAAGUAAGAAUUUGGACUUUGUAAAAAAAUGAUGUUGUAUCAUCAUGACGUGUACUGUACAUUUGUAAUGUGUAAAUCAUGUAAAUUCCAGAAUGAUUAGAAUAUAAUACGAUCAUAUGCAUCAAAAAAGAGCAUGUGUUCGAACCAAAUGAAAUAAUAAUAAAAAUCUUUACAACUGAGA